AAUCCAUGCGGACCCACUAUCGUGCGUUGAAAGUGGAUGACCCUGUUUUUCCUCUCCUCCCUCGUUCACAGAGAAACAUCCAGUCGUUCCCCUCUCCUCCCUCGUUCCCCUCUCCUACCUGGUUCCAAUCUCAGAUCUGAAACCAUUCGGCCGAAAACAAUGGAUGACGAUGCAGAGGUGGAUAGGUGCCGUGUUUGCAAGCAUGAGGUUGUUGUAUGUCGUGAUGCACAAGGUCCACCGUGUCAUGCAGGGAUACCGAUCACAAAGUUUUAUCGCUCCAAGAUGAUGCGAUGCAAGGAGACAUGAAUACUUGGACUGCUUACUUUGUUACUUUUGAGAGGCUGCAGUAUGAGGUUACAUUUGAGUGUUCAGACUUGGCGCUACAGAUCGUGGGUGAGGGGUGGCAGCAGCUUCUAGAUGAUUAUGUUGUGUGUCCAGGGGACAUGAUGUAUAUCUACAUGAGUAACGGAAGCUACAGGCUCUCAGUCGACAUCAAGAGGGAUGACGUCCAAAACAUACCUCUCACUUAUGUUGCCAUGCGUGGUCUCAGCCGUAGGAAGAAAAAGAUCAUCAAUAAGUGCAUCAUCACAAGGGGGAUACACCUGAAAUAUUCUGAAAUGAAAAAAAUGGUCAGAAACGCGUUUGGACCAACAAAAUCUCCAUGUUGCGUCUUAGUUCACAGGAUGAGCAACGGUGACAUUUCUGCUCGCUACAUGCGAAUUCCAAAACGAGUUGUUGAACGUAUCGAGAAGAAAACAGGGACUCUUGAGGAAGAAGGACAACUUGUGCUUGUCAAUGAUGUUGAUGCAUAUGUUGAUGGUAGAUACAAGAAGCUUACAGAUGAGAGGCUGGUUCUACAGGGAGGUUUCAGGACUUAUGCACAUUUGCUUGGUUUGGAAGUCGACGAUUUGGUAUCUAUUUUUUUCCAGAAGGUUGAAGACCCUGCAGCGAUAAAAGUAUGGUUCACUGUCUUAUCUUAGACGACUUGAUGGGGACUUUAUGUAAUAUGGAUGUUAUACUGAGAGCAAUGAACGGAUAACUUCUAGUGUGUUUUGCGUAUGGCAAACGUGUUAGCUGCAUUUCAUGUAUUAUAUCUAGACAUGCCUUUUGAUUGUCUUGUUGGGCAGGCAAAGUUCGAAAAAAUGUUAAAUGACUAACCCACGUUGAUUA